AUGUCAGUGUGUGGAGUGUUGUGGCUGGUACUCAUGGUGCUGGCAGACAGGAUCCAUGGCUACGUGGAGACUGAGGAGUUUAUCAGUGACCUGGACAAGCCAAUUCCAACGGCGCACGCGCAAGGCGUGCUGGGGAAGAAGGCAGCUCUCCCGUGUGACAUCCAGCCCCUAGCAGCCGAAGAUCAUGUCUCCAUGGUGCUCUGGUUCAAGGAGACUGAUGGAGAACCGCUGUACAGCUACGACGUCCGCGGCCGCCUGGCAUCACAGCCGAAGCUCUGGUCAUCAUCAUCAGGCUUCGGCACCCGCGCCUACUUCAGAGCGGCUGCUAACCCUGCAGUACUGUUCGUGGACAGCGUGGUGUCUUCUGAUGCUGGAGUCUACCGGUGCAGGGUCGACUUCAAGAACUCGCCUACCAGGAACUUGAGGGUUAACUUUACUGUUAUCACACCACCAAACAGGCCGACUAUUAUGGAUGCGAAGACUAGAAGCCAUACACGUCUUCUGGAGCCAUACAACGAGGGAGACACCCUGGAACUGGCUUGCGAGUGCUUCGGAGUUCUAGGUGACCCUCGUCCUCGCCUCACAUGGUACCUCGAGAACACAGUCAUAGAUGAUUCCUUCGAGCAGCGACCUGAUGGCGUGACGGUGAACACGCUGACCUUCCCCAACGUGGGGCGACAGCAUCUGAACGCCAGGCUCGUCUGUCAGGCCUCCAAUACCAACCUAGCGGCUCCGGAGGCUAAGCUGCUCAUUCUGGAUAUCAAUUUAAGGCCACUAAGCGUGCAGAUCCUGAACAAGCGAGCACAGCUGUCAGCAGACAGGAGUUAUGAGGUGGAAUGCAGGGCUGUGGGCUCCAGGCCUGAGGCCCAGGUCACCUGGUGGAAGGCCGGGAGGCAGUUGAAGAGGAGUGCUAAGAACUUCUCUGACAACAACGCGACAGUGAGCACUCUGAACCUGGUGCCGAUGGCUGAAGACCAUGAGAAGUACCUGGUCUGCCGCGCCGAGAACACCAGGGUGCCUAAUGCUGUGAUUGAGGAUCGAUGGUUCUUGAAUGUGCAGUAUGUGCCAAUAGUGACCCUAAAACUAGGGUCCAACCUGAACCCCAGCUACAUCAAGGAAGGAGAUGGCGUGUACUUUGAGUGCAGCGUCAGAGCUAACCCCAAGACUAAGAAACUUACAUGGUAUAAAGGGGUACAAGAGAUCCACCACAACGCCAGCUCUGGCAUCAUCCUGAGUGACCAGAGCCUGGUGCUGCAGAGCGUCACCAGGGCUUCUGCCGGAGACUACAGCUGCCUCGCUUAUAAUAAUGAAGGCAGUGCCACCAGCAAUCCUGUGUCCUUGCAGAUUAACUAUGCACCAAUGUGCAAGACACUAAAUGAAGGCGAGGUCUACGGGGCGCUGAAGAUGGAGACGGUGGUGCUCCAGUGUGUGGUGGACUCCUCACCACCUCCGACUUACUUCAGCUGGUUCUUCAACAGUUCGGGGGAACAGACCGAGAUAUCGCCCAGCUUCGAUUCAACUAUUUGGGGUCCAGUAACUUACAUCGAGUAA